AAGAGAAAAAAAAAAGCGAAAGGCAAGAGAGAGAGCCAAUGAUCCCUCAGGCAUCCCAACAAGUCUGGACGGUUCCGCUGCUGCUUAGUUAAGCCGAGUGGAGCAACGGAGCCUCACGGAUCAGAAUGGCUUCAGCUAUUCAUCAUCAGCAUGUUACCUCACCACUAGACACGUUCUGCACUUAUACGCGCUAAAUUAACGCUGUCAGAAGAUUUGGGUGACAUUACUGCGGGUUACUCACUUUCACGGAUUUCCUCCGUCCCUAUCAUCGCUGACAGGUGGACAUCACCGGGUUACAUUUCUACGUUGAACAUACCGGUGCAAAGGAAGAAGAGGGAGAGGGAGAGAGGAUAUGCCACAGGUGGAACGGUUGGAUAGGACGUGAACAAGUAUUUGGUCCAGAGGAGCUGCUACACAGAGAAUUGUAGGAGUCGUCAGGUAGUAAAGAUGUGGGGCUGGUUUCUGCCUGUGGCGGUCCUACUGUCAUCUGUAAACCAGGCUAAGGCUCAGGGCCGGUGUAAUAACGCUCAGGCGGCAGACAUCGUCUUCCUGAUCGACGGAUCCUCCAGCAUCGGCAAGCUCAACUUCCUGCAGGUGAAAGGCUUGAUGGUGGGCGUGGCCAGGCCUUUCAUCAGCAAUGUGGGCCAAUCAGGAGUCCGCUUUGGGGCCGUGCAGUACAGCGACACGUCGAGGGUUGAGUUCACGUUCACCACCUACCUGAACGCCACGGAGCUGCUCCAGGCUCUGGAGAACCUCACCUACAAGGGCGGGAACACUCGCACCGGGGCCGGCCUCAAGUUCGUCGCGGACAACUUCUUCAACCCCGCGACGAGUCGGGACGUCCCCAAGAUCGUCAUCCUGAUCACGGACGGCAAGUCCCAGGACAGUGUGCAGGAGCCCGCCCAGAGGCUGCGGAGCCAGGGGGUCAUCGUGUUCGCAGUCGGUGUGAAGAGCGCCGACCGGAGCGAGCUGGGGCUGAUCGCCUCCGAGCCGCGGCGCGACUUCACCUCCUUCGUGGGCGAGUUCAAGCUGCUGAACACGCUGCUGCCCCUGGUGGGCCCGCGGGUCUGCUCCAGCGCCGGGGGCGUGUACGCCAGCGACGAGGCCUUCUCUGGUCCGUCCAACGUUCAGUUCGUGGGCCAGACCUCUGAUUCGCUGAGGUUCCGCUGGAGUCCGGCUGGAGGGCCCGUGAGUGGCUACGUGGUCCAGUACACGCCUUUGUCCGGCCUGGGACAGCCAAUCACUGCAGACUUACGUCAGGAGACGGUGUCGGCGAACCAGCGGUCCUUCACGGCCCGGGAGCUGCGGUCGGGGACGGACUACCUGGUGACGGUCAUCGCCCAGUACCCCAACAGUGUGGGCGAGUCCACGUCCGCCAAGCAGCGCACCAGGUCCUUGCCCGGGGCGUCCAGUAUGCGCCUGGUCCAGGCUGGGUUCUUCUCUCUGUCUCUGGCCUGGGAGCGCCCCUCCACCUCCUUCCAGGGGUACAGGCUGACCUACGGCCCGCGAGGACAGGCCUCCAGCCAGCUGCAGACACUCACCCUGCCCGCGGACACCUCCUCCACCACCCUGGAGGGGCUGCAGCCCGACACGGAGUACGCCCUCAGCCUCUACCCGCUGUUUGCACGCAACGCCGCCCCGCCGUCCAACCUCACCGCCCGCACCCUGCGUCUGGAGCCUGUGCAGCAGCUGGUGGUGGACACGGAGUCGGAGAGCAGUGUGCGUGUGCGGUGGAGGGGCGUGUCCGGGGCCCGGAUUUACCGGCUGGUCUGGGGGCCGUUCACUGGCCGUGCUGUGGACACCGUAGAGGCGGCCGGGAGCCGAGAGUCCCACUCUCUGACCGGCCUGACCGCCGACACGGAGUACAUCGUCACGGUGAUCCCGAUCUACGAGACCAGCACUGAGGGCCCCGCCACCACCGCCAGGUUCAAGAUAGAGCGGCAGGAGCAGCAGGUCCUCAGGGCUGAGCCCUCCAGCCCCUCUGCCAUCCGCCUGCUGUGGAACCUCAUCCAGGCGUCCAGAGGCUACCGCCUGGAGUGGAGGCAGGGCCAGGGAGGCGCCGUGAAGAGCCAGUCCUUCCCUAAGACCACCACCAGGUUCCUGCUGUCAGGCCUGCAGCCCGGCACCGAGUACCUGGUCACCCUGUACACCCUGUACGAGGGCCGCGAGGAGGCCACGCCCGCAUCCACCUCCUCCGCCGUGGACCAGCCGGUGGGCCAGGUAUCGAACCUGCGGGUGGUGGAGUAUCUGGGCAGUACUGUGAGGCUGGGCUGGACCGGGGUGGCCGGAGCCACCCAGUACCGCCUCCUGGUGGUCAACUCAGACGGGGGGACCGAUGACACCCACCUCCUCCCUGGAACCCAGACGACCCUUGACCUCCGGGAGCUGAUCCCGGGCCGCUCCUACGUGGUGACGGUCAGCGCCCUGGUGGGGGGUCAGGAGGGGGACCCCGUCACCGUCCUCAUCCAACCAGAGGAAGGUGUUGGGAGGAUCAGGGAUCUCAGAGUGAUUCAUCUCAACAGUCGGAGAAUGCGUAUUGGCUGGCUGGGUGUUACCGGGGCAACGGGUUACCGAGUAACGUGGAGACAGGGCAACAGUGUGGAGCAGGCCCGGGUCCUGGGAUCGGAGGUGACGGUCUUCACCAUCGAGGGCCUCCAGCCUGACGAGCCUCUGGUGGUGGGCGUGGCGGCGAUGGCGGGGCAGCGCGUGGGGGAGGCGGCCACGCUCUCGGCCCGCACCAACGCCAACGGCAACGGCGGGGGCGUGUCCGGCCUCCGCGUGGUCGAGGCCUCGUCGCAGAGGAUACGCAUCUCCUGGUCGCCGUACUCCCGGGCGACGGGAUACAGGGUGGUCUGGCGCCGUGAUGACGGUGUGGAGGUCACUCGUAGUUUGGCUGCCGACACCACCUCCUUCUCCAUCGACGGGCUGCAGGCGGACUCUGCCUACAGGGUGUCUGUGUACACUCUGGCCGGCUCUCGGGAGGGGAACCCCGUCUCUCUCAACGUCCGGACCGAGACGGACCAGCUGGCGGUGGGCACGGUGACCUCGCUCCAGGUGCAGGAGCCUCACGGCGAGGUGAUCCGGGUGACCUGGGUGGGGGUGCAGGGAGCAACGGCCUACCGCGUGACCUGGAGAAGGGUCGACGGCGGAGAGGAGAGCCGGAAGUUGGUCGGGGGAGACGUGACGUCGGUGGAGCUGGACCGGCUGGACCCGGGAGCGCAGUACGAGGUCCAGGUCAUGGCCCUGGUCCAGAACCGGGAGGGCUCCCCCGUCUCGGUCCGGGUCACCACGCCGGUGGGCCCGGCGACGCCCACGCAAGCGGUGACCGGUCUGCGCGUUGCCGAGGUUACGGAGACGGAGGUCCUGCUGGGCUGGGUCCCUGUCCCCGGGGCAACCGGGUACUACCUGAGCUGGAGGAGGGAUGGAGGCAACUCCAUGUCCCUAAGCUCCAUGUCUCUGAUGUCUCUGAGCUCCAUGUCUCUGAGCUCCAUGUCCCUGAGCUCCAUGUCUCUGAUGUCUCUGAGCUCCAUGUCUCUGAGCUCCAUGUCUCUGAUGUCCCUGAGCUCCAUGUCUCUGAUGUCCCUGAGCUCCAUGUCUCUGAUGUCCCUGAGCUCCAUGUCUCUGAGCUCCAUGUCUCUGAUGCUCCAUGUCUCUGAUGCUCCAUACGCGCCCCCGGGCCAGUCCCUCACGCUGCCCGCCUCCUACAACUCCUACCGGGUGACCGGCCUCCGUCUGGGCCAGCGGUACCGCUUCACCCUGCAGGCCAACGGCGUCCGCGGCCCGGGGCCCGAAGUCGCUGUGGAGGAACGCACCGUGUGUGUCGGGGGCCGCCUGGACGUGGUCUUCCUGGUCCCGGCAUCCCAGGACCGGGCCGGCCUGAGGGAGCAUCUGUUGGCCCUCCUGACCAGCGCCGCCGGGUCGCUGGCCACCCUCGGGGCCCGCGACUCUCAGGUGGGAGUUGUGGUGUAUAGUUCCACGCCCAAAGUCUGGUUCCUGCUCAAUCGCCAUAGCAACCAAGAGACGCUGUUACAAGAAAUCUUGUCCACACCUUUCGACGACACCUCGGGCAAUAACAUCGGCCAGGCACUGACACUCACGAGUCAGGUCCUACUAAGGUCCUCAUCAGGGCGAAGGGCCAGGGUGCCAGGGGCAGUGGUCAUCAUCUCAGACAGAAAAUCCAGCGACGACAUCACCGGGCCAGCUAGCGCUCUCAGGGCAUCAGGCGUGACGGUGCUGGCGGUGGGCGUGGGGCGGGCCGACGAGCUGGAGCUGCGGCGGGCGGUGACGGACCAGAGCCCCCAGAACCUGCUGACCACGCGGGACGCGGCCCAGCUCGGAGCGCUGCACUCAGACCUGGCCGGCCUGCUGUGUGGCAUCGCCAGAAUACCAGAUGGACCUGGAGGGACAGAGCAGUGCACGGUCCAGUGCCCUCGGGGUGAAAGGGGAGACCGUGGACAGAAGGGGGAGGGAGGGCGAGACGGACUCGACGCACGCAAGGGAGAACCUGGCCGUGACGGGCAGCCUGGACGCGAGGGCCUCCGGGGUCCGGAGGGACGUCAGGGGCCCCCAGGCCGGGUGGACGGGCCCCAAGCUGGGCUGAGGGGGGAGAAGGGGGAUAGGGGCUUCCCGGGCGUCGAUGGGAACCCCGGCCUGCCCGGACGCUCGGGGUCACCUGGAGGGGCGGGGGUGCCGGGCGUGGCGGGACUCCCUGGGGUCAGAGGGGAUCCGGGGGAGCGCGGACUGGCCGGAACACUGGGAUCAAAGGGGGACCGAGGGGAGAGGGGGGAGCCGGGCUCAGUGCUGUCUGGCGGCGGUCUUCCAGGGAGGAAAGGCGAGCCCGGGAUCCCAGGAAUACCGGGGUCCUUGGGCCUGCCAGGCAGCAACGGCGCCAAGGGAUUCACCGGCUCGCCCGGAAUCCCGGGACAAGAUGGACGGCCCGGACUUCCAGGAGCACAAGGCGUCUUCAUCAAGGGGGACAAGGGCAGCACCGGAGAGAGGGGUCCGCCGGGGAGCGGCGGCGGGGGGGCCGGGGCCGGGGACAAGGGCUCCACGUCUCCCCAGGGUGCGACGGGCCCUAUGGGGCCUCAGGGCCCGAGAGGGCUGGCGGGGGCGGCGGGCCCCAAAGGAGACAAGGGGGAGAGCGCCGAGGGGCUGCCAGGCCCAGCAGGGAGGGCCGGAGAACCAGGAGACAGGGGGCCGCGGGGGCCCUCCGGGGAGACGGGCACCAAGGGCGACCGCGGUCAGCCGGGCGAAGGCGGGGCCAAAGGGGACCGGGGCGACCGGGGACCGGCCGGAGAAGCUGGGGAAAGAGGGGAGUCGGGCAAACCAGGGCUGACGGGCCCAGCAGGACUCCGGGGGCUCCCAGGGUCCAGUGGACCGCAGGGCGAGAAGGGAAACGAGGGAGCGCGCGGAGAACCUGGCAGAACUGGUCCUGGCCUCAUGGGGAAGAAAGGGGACCAGGGCGAGCGAGGCCCUGCUGGCCCCGAGGGGCCCACCGCGGAGAACGGGACCCCCGGUGGGAAGGGGGACAAGGGCUCGCCUGGCUCUGGAGCUCCGGGCCAACCUGGAGUCAAAGGAGAGCCUGGAGAUCGGGGUCCAGCGGGCCUUAGCGGCAAGCCGGGAGCAAAGGGGGACUCCGGCGAUCCAGGGGAGCGAGGGGAGAACGGACGGCCCGGACUCCCAGGAAAGAACGGCCUUGUCGGGAAGCAGGGGGAGAAAGGAGACCGAGGGGAGGAGGGCACUCCUGGGGAGUCUGGUCUUCCAGGAAAGAACGGCGAGAGAGGACUAAGGGGCCUGGCGGGUCAGCCUGGACGACUCGGCGACAAAGGGGACCCCGGAGACCCAGGGCUGGGCGGGCGAAACGGAAGUCCUGGAGCUACCGGACCAAGAGGGGAUAAAGGAGACGAGGGGGCCACAGGCCCUGCUGGACCACCUGGGAAAGUGCUGGACCUCAUGCCUCAGCUGAAAGGAGAACGAGGAGACAAGGGAGACGCAGGCGACCCCGGAGAGCACGGCAGCAAGGGGCCCCAGGGCGUGGCCGGGGGCCCCGGAGCCCCAGGGAUACGGGGUGUUGAGGGGCAGCGUGGACCCUUGGGAGCCAGAGGCGACAGUGGAGAACGAGGACCCCCUGGGGAGAAGGGGGAGCGAGGUGCUUCUGGUCUGGAUGGACGAGCCGGUCUGGACGGUAAACCAGGGCCGGUCGGGCCCUCUGGCCAGCAGGGAGACGCUGGGAAGCUGGGCAAUCCAGGACGCGAUGGUCUCCCAGGCCUCCGGGGCGACCAGGGACCGUCGGGCCCCUCGGGGCCCCCAGGCAUCCCAGGGACCGCUGGCAAAGCAGGCGACGACGGCAAACCAGGGACCCCGGGCAAAAUGGGAGAGGAAGGCGUACCGGGGGAAGACGGGAGGAAGGGCGACAAAGGAGACGGAGGAGCCGCUGGAAGAGAUGGCCGCGACGGACUGAAGGGCGAGCGGGGGCUGGCGGGGCCCUCCGGCCCGGCGGGGGCGGCCGGUCUCCCCGGGGUGCCGGGCGGCAUCGGACCCCCUGGACAGGUGGUGUACGUGAAGGGGGCUGCCGUGGCACCCGUGGCCGGACCCCAGGGACCCCCCGGAGCCACGGGCGUGUCGGGCUCCCCAGGCGUGAUGGGACCCAGGGGGGAUCGAGGGCCCCAUGGAGCCAAGGGGGACACGGGCGACCCCGGAGAGGACGGAGCGCCGGGAAGACCGGGAACGGCGGUGGAUGUGCAGAAAGCGCUGUCCAACCUGGGGAUCCUGGUGUCGGACCUGAAGGUGGUGGUGGACCGGAGGGACCUCCUCGUGACCCCCCCGGUCCUGAAGCCCCAGAAGGGCCAGCAUGGCGAGCCCGGGGAGCAGGGGAGCCGGGGCCCCACGGGGGCCGACGGACUCCGCGGCUUACCGGGGGAGAAGGGCCCUAAAGGAGACCAGGGGGAGCGGGGCCCGGCUGGGGCCACCGGCCCCACAGGGAGGGCCAUCGGAGAGCGCGGACCAGAAGGACCCCCCGGACAGGCCGGAGAGCCCGGCAAGCCUGGAAUACCCGGCGUUCCCGGCAGAGCGGGGGAACUGGGAGAGGCUGGGAGGCCUGGGGAGAAGGGCGAGAGAGCGGAGAAAGGAGACAGAGGGGAGACUGGCAAAGCGGGGCUGACCGGGGCAGUUGGCCCCCCGGGUCCAAAGGGCACGUCGGCCGAGGCGGUCGUCACCGGAGCCCCGGGGGUCCGAGGGGUCCCUGGAGUCACGGGGCCCAAGGGAGAGGCCGGAGCCCCGGGAGCACACGGGUCCAAGGGGGACCGGGGCUUCGCGGGCUCCAGCGGGGAUAAGGGAGAGCGGGGCGAGUCCGGAGAGCGGGGGCGAGACGGGUCUCAGGGACCCGCAGGAGAACCGGGGAAAACCGGUCAGGAUGGGAAGCCGGGCAUGCCUGGGUUCCCUGGAGUUCUGGGCAGACCGGGAAACCCAGGAGAGAACGGGGUCAGAGGGCCCACAGGUCCGCUUGGCACCAACGGGCCCCCGGGACCCCCUGGAGUGAAGGGCAACAACGGCAACCCAGGGGUGGGAGUCCAGGGUCCCCCCGGGGCCCAGGGGAGCACAGGACUGCCGGGGCCCGCCGGUCUUCCAGGAGCCGUGGGUCCUCAAGGCCCUCCUGGGCUGUCCGGCCAGGUGGGCGAGGGCGGCAAACCAGGGGUCCCCGGGAGGGACGGGGUACCAGGCAAGGAAGGAACCCCGGGACUACCUGGAAAACAGGGCAUCGCUGGACCCUCAGGAGCGCAUGGAUUAAAGGGGGAGCUGGGGGACAGUGGCCCCCCAGGGAAGAUUGUGGCCGGACCCCCGGGGCCCAAAGGACGAGACGGGCUGCCGGGCCAGGCCCUACCCGGGGUGACGGGAGAACAAGGUCUACCCGGUUUUAAGGGCGACAAAGGAGAGAGGGGUCCAGCUGGGAUCAAAGGAGACAGAGCGCUGCCUGGAGAAGACGGCAGCCCCGGAGAAGAUGGGGCCCAGGGUCCAGCAGGACCCAAAGGAGACAAGGGAGAUAAGGGUGUUGGUCAGGCCGGACCCUCGGGCCAGCACGGACCUCAAGGUUUAAAGGGAGAUCCAGGUCUUCCCGGCCCCGCCGGGCCCCCGGGGGCCAGAGGUCUGUCGGGCAACGCGGGCCUGGCCGGCCUGAGAGGAGAGGUCGGGGAACCGGGCGCCCCCGGUGCCUCUGGGGAGCGGGGUCUCCCCGGGUUCUCAGGGCGGGUCGGCGCCCCGGGGGUGCCCGGUCCGGCCGGGACCCUCGGCCCAGCGGGCGCGCCAGGUCUUGAUGGAGGAAAAGGAGACAAGGGGGAGGUCGGCGUGGGGGUCCCGGGGCUGAGAGGAGAGAGGGGGACCCCAGGCACCAGGGGUGAAGAGGGCCGUGCGGGGGAGAACGGAGAGCGCGGGCCCACGGGUCCUGCCGGUAGCCGUGGCGACCGAGGAGACAAGGGGGAGUUGGGACCACAAGGAGACAAAGGAGAGAAGGGGGACACUCUGCUGGUCGGGGGACCCCCCGGAGACAAGGGCAACAAAGGGGAGCUGGGCGACCGCGGCGCCAAAGGGCUGCAGGGCGAGAAGGGCCUGAAGGGCCAGGAGGGGCCGUCGGGGGAGCAGGGUCUGCGGGGGGAGCCCGGAGAGAGGGGGUCCACGGGGUUCCAGGGGGCCCGGGGCCCCGGGGGGCAAAAGGGAGAGGCUGGGCUCCACGGGGUGCCUGGAGAAUCGGGUUCCCCAGGGAAGGACGGACUGUCCGGGCUCCGAGGGGAGAAGGGAGAGAUUGGAUUAAAUGGACCUCGAGGAAUAAAGGGCGACCGCGGGCCCAAGGGAUCCUGUGGAGCGGACGGUGCCAAGGGAGAGAAGGGUGACGGCGGGGCGCACGGGCGGCCAGGCCUCCCGGGGCGGGGGGGAGAGAAGGGGGACGCUGGCCCCACAGGGGCCACUGGGGGCCCGGGGAAGGAGGGACUGAUCGGCCCCAAGGGGGACCGUGGAUUCGACGGAGUGGUGGGGGGCAAAGGGAGUCAAGGCGAGAAGGGUGAACGGGGCCCCCCCGGGACCCCGGGCCCCACCGGCCCCCGGGGCGUCGACGGGGCCGCUGGCCUGACCGGAACCCAAGGCCCCGGUGGGUCCAAGGGCCCCGAAGGGCUCCAGGGACAGAAGGGAGAGAGAGGGCCGGUCGGCCCCGCCAUGACGGGGCCCCGCGGGGUCUCGGGCAUCCCAGGGAUCCGGGGGCAGCAGGUGGGUCCAAACACACCUAAUGAGACCCCCCCCACACCUGAACCAGAUCCUCACACCUAACGAGACCCCCCACAACCUGA